GGCUGAUUGGGCUCUGACAUUUCGGAGUCCAGCCUCCUUCCCCACCUUGAGGCAUCUGCUAGAGCCUCUGGCUGGAGGGACAGCUUCACAGUCUUCACAUCCCUAACAUAAGAAAUUUCUGCCAGGAACUGGAAAGGAAACUGGCACCUUGCCAGGGACAAGGUAGUGAAAAAUUUCUAGAGAAAGCACAACUCUUGGUGAGGACCAUGUCUCUGUUUCCAUCGCUCUCUCUUCUUCUCCUGAGUGUGGUGACAGCAUCUUGCUCAGAAACAGAACCCCUUGAGAGCCCUCAGAAGACCUGCCCUGUGUAUACCUGUGGUUAUCCAGGCAGCAACGGCUUCCCAGGCAAAGAUGGGCGUGACGGUGCCAAGGGAGAAAAAGGAGAACCAGGCCAAGGGCUCAGAGGUGUGCAAGGUCCUCCUGGAAAAUUGGGGCCUCCAGGAAACCCAGGGCCCCCUGGGUUACCAGGAAGAGUGGGCCAAAAAGGAGACCCUGGGAAAUGUCCAGCUUGUGAGUGUGACGUGGCUGCUUCAGAAAGAGAAGCCCUGCGCUCGGAAUUGAACCAUAUCAAAAAGUUGCUGAAAUUCCUUCUGGGCAAACAAGUUGGAAAGAAGUUCUUCUUCACCAGUGGUGCAAAGAUGGCCUUUGAAGAAGCGAAGGCUCUGUGUGCCCAGUUCCAGGGCUCGGUGGCCACCCCCAGGAAUGCUGAAGAGAACAAGGCCAUCCUGGACGUCGCCAAAGAAGAAGCCUUCCUGGGGGUCACAGAUGUAGAGACCGAAGGUCAUUUUGUGGAUCUGACAGGACAGAGCAUUAUCUACCAAAACUGGCAUGAUGGUGAGCCCAACAACAGUGGCACUGGGGAAGACUGUGUGAUGAUUCUGAAGCAAGAAGGCAAGUGGAAUGACAUCGCCUGCUCAGUCUCCCUUUUGGCAGUUUGUGAGGCCUCUGUCUAAGGAAGCAUGUCCCUCAGGCCCUCCUGUCCUCAACCUCAUCUUGGGUCCACAUUUGCUUUAAAAAUAAAUCUAUGCCAAUUUUGCCAUA